ACAGUGCAUUACUUUCUUUCUACACAGAGGGCCUGGCGGCUUUCCGGAACGUUCUUUCGAUUCAGAAACGGACUCCGAAGUGAUUUGAGAUCCCAAUAACAGAAUCAACCCUUCCUUUCAUGGGCCUUCAGCUUUCUUCCACUCUGUUAUGGCCAAUUGUCUCUCCCACUCUCCCUUCGCGAGACCCAUUUCUGAGUUCCUGAAUACCCUUCUUCACAGACUGCCCAUUACCCGUUUUCAUCUCCUCCUCAUCUUCCUUCACUCCCUAUUAUAGCAAUCACCCAGAAACUUCUUGUUUCCUCGGUUUAUCGUAACGGGGUUGUUUUGUCUUUUUCGCUGAAGAUAACAUGGCGACAGUGUUUUUGCACCAUGUAGUGGGGGAUCUGACGGUGGGGAAGCCGGAGCUGGUUGAAUUCGCUGAGACUGAGACGGUGGAGGCUGCAAUUCGAGCGAUCGGAGACUCGAUGGAAGGGGGAAUACCUGUCUGGAGGAAGAGAUCGCCGCACAACAAGAGUGCGAUUGAGAGUGCUGAGAUGCGGCAACAGAGGUUUGUGGGUAUUCUCAAUUCCCUCGAUAUCGUUGCCUUCUUGGCCAGAGAUGAUUAUUUGCAGGAUCAGGAUAAGGCCUUGAAGACCCCCGUUUCCCAGGUGGUUGCUCCCAAUGGUUCUCUCCUCAGGGAGGUCGAUCCUGCCACAAGAUUGAUAGAUGCACUGGAGAUGAUGAAGCAGGGUGUAAGGCGUCUCCUUGUUAGGAAAAGUGGAGUAUGGAAAGGAAUGAGCAAGCGAUUUUCAAUUCUCUAUAAUGGCAAGUGGCUCAGGAACCUUGAAACAUCUAGCAGCCAUGGGAACAUAGCUGCUACAAGCAUCAAUCGUCCUUCCACAUCUUCCACAGCGGCCAUCCAUGGUAAGUUCUGUUGUCUAUCAAGAGAAGAUGUCAUCCGUUUCCUCAUUGGCUGCUUGGGUGCAUUAGCUCCUCUCCCUCUCUCAUCUAUACAUUCCCUUGGAGCCAUCAGUCCAAAUUUCUUUUCCAUUGAAGCAUCCCAUCCAGCCCUUGAUGCCAUCCAAAAGAUUCCUCAGGAUCCCAGUGCAAUUGCAGUCGUGGAGGGCACUCCAGAUGGUCAAUGUAAGAUCAUUGGAGAGAUUUCAGCUUGUAAACUAUGGAAAUGUGACUACUUAGCUGCAGCAUGGGCCUUAGCCAAUCUCUCAGCAGGACAGUUUGUGAUGGGAGUUGAGGAGAAUGACUCAUCAAGCUCAUUACCUGAUAUUAUGGCUAAUCAAGCAGUCGGAGAUAACCAUUUAGCUAGUAAUGGUGGCUCAAUGAGGCCAAAAAGAUUCAGCAGCAGGAGCAUCGGGUUUGUAAGCAGGCCAAACCCUAGCUUUGUUGCUGGUAGAAGCAUGUAUAGGGGUAGAAGUGCGCCCUUGACAUGUAAGGUUACAAGUUCAUUGGCUGCAGUUAUGGCUCAGAUGCUGUCUCACCGAGCAACCCACUUAUGGGUGACUGAGGCUGAAAACGAAGAUGCAUUGGUUGGUGUGGUAGGUUAUCGGGACAUUUUGGUUGCUGUGACUAAACCACCAGUGGCGCCAAGUACUCUGGAAACAAUGGCUUAAGGAUCUCGUCUUCUUCCUUGUUCCCUCAUCAUUUUCUCAUGGUAAUUGUAACAAUUUUCUAUUUUGGGGGUCAAAUUCACGUCUGUUGAGAUUAGUCCCGUGUUUGUGUUGAGUGCAGUUGGAUUGGAAGAGAGGUUUGGUUGUCUUGGGCUUGUGUGGACUUCUAUGAUAUGCUGUGGUUGGUUAUUUAUGAAAUCAAAAUGUAUAAAUUCAAUGUACUUGGAUAUCUUGAUUUUGUAUAGACCUGGCAGAUGUUGGCUUGGCACAAUCAUCAUAAUUAUAGUCACAUUAUUUCUCACUUGCAAAUAUGUAGGGAUCUGGGAGUAGUUUGUGGUUGAACAUCACAAACUACUGCCUAAAAAUGCAGCCGUGUAGUGUGUCAUCGAGUAAAAUGUGACCAAAAUGUGGGGUUCAUUAAUUAGGUAUGGAGUAUGGCAAUUAUAGUAUUGUGAAGUUGUACAUUGAAUGAAUGAAUUAAUUUAAAAAAACAGGGUUUCUUGUUUUCCAUUGAA